AUGGCACCCGUAGCGACACUUCCACACAAGUCGGGUGGUCACAAGCGGUACCUAUCCGCCAAAAAGAGCGACCCUGCGAGGUUUCAGUCCGAAUUAGAGUCUGAAGGAAGUGAUGCGGACGCAGGCGCACUGCAGCUGGCGAAGGGACCACAAGAGCCAGCCUGGGAGGGCUUCGAUGAUCAGGAUGAAGGCAAGGCGAGCGAGAAGGGGGUUGGAUCAAGUGACUCGGAGAGCAUAGAUGUUGAGCUGGAAUCGACGAAGAAAGAAAAGCCUAUCCUACCCAAAGAUGCCGAGGAAGAAGAGCUUGAGCGCAUAAUAUUCGGCGACUCAGUCGGCUUCAAGCAGGGCCUAGAGGACUUUUCUCUCGACCGCACGGUUGGCGCAUACGGUGAUAUCACGGACGAGUCAGAAGCAGAAGAGGCAGACCUCGACAAUGUCGCAGAUCAGGACCUGUUCUUUUUCGAUGCAGGCCCUGUGCCUGCACCAGCGGGCUCGAUGGCUGUCGCGAAAACGGCCGAGUCAGACGACGAGGAUGAUAAACCGGCAUGGGAAGACAGCGACGACGAGCGGCUGGUGGUGAGUCUGGCGUCGGUGCCACAGCUGAGAAAACUUCGAGAAACAGCGGAAGAUGACAUGGUCAACGGCAAUGAGUACGCACGCAGACUCAGGAAACAGUACGAGAGGUUAUAUCCUCCACCCGAAUGGGCGGUACAUGCCACCGGCAGGAUGCACAAGAAACGGCGACGAACGAUGAACGACGAUGAAAGUGGCGACGAGUCCGCGAGCGACAUGGACUUGGAUGAGGAGGACCUGUCUACGCAACCUCUGGCAAAACUACUAAUGGACGCUGAUAUACUUUCGCGGACCACGAGAAGCUCAGUGAAGAGGCGCAAGUUGCAGGCAGGCACAGUGGACAUUCAGCGAUUGAAGGACGUUUCGAAAGCAGGACCAUCUGCAAUAACUUCAUUGUCCUUCCAUCCGACCUACCCACUCCUUCUAUCCUCUGGACCCAGUUCGACACUAUACCUCCACCAUGUCAACCCCAACCCGCCAAAUCCGAACCCUCUUCUCACAUCUCUACACAUCAAGCGCACGCCUCUCACCACAACCGCCUUUCACCCAUCGGCAUCAGAUGCACGCAUCUUCCUCAGCGCACGUCGCCGCUACUUUCACGUCUGGAACAUCGCUACGGGCAAGGUGGAGAAGGUGUCGCGUAUUUACGGUCAUCAGCAUGAACAGCGGACUAUGGAGUUCUUUUCGCUAUCGCCAGACGGCAAGUACAUGGCAUUGCGGGGCUCGUCAAGGAAAGGAGGCGGUGUGAUCAACAUACUGGAUGCGCGAACGCUUCAAUGGGCAACACAGGUGCGCGUGGAGUCAAGAGGUGGUGUCGCUGACUUUGCAUGGUGGGGUGAUGGAAGUGGCCUCAGCAUCGCUGGCAAAAAUGGCGAAGUAACAGAGUGGAGUUUCGAAGAUGGCGUUGUGGGACGAUGGACGGAUGAAGGCGCUGUAGGCACCACAGUGAUCGCUCUCGGCGGUAGUAGUGGAAGAGAUGGGUGGUUAGGCGGUGACCGGUGGAUAGCCAUUGGAAGUUCAAGCGGCGUAGUCAAUAUCUACGACCGAAGAGCAUGGAGCCAAAACAAUGCCUCCGUCGCUGGUGCACAAACUAAUCCGGAUAACGGCAUCCCCAAGGCACCAAAACCAGUGCGCGCUCUGCAGAACCUCACAACACCGAUAUCACAUCUGCACUUCUCAACAGAUGGACAAAUUCUAGCGAUGGCGAGCCGCUGGAAGAACAACGCAAUGAGAUUGGUUCACCUACCCUCUGCUACGGUGUUCAAGAACUGGCCUACUGAAAAGACGCCGCUCGGGAGAAUCACCGCAGUUGCGUGGGGAAGGCCAAGCGAAGAGGAGGAGCGAGAAGGCAGCCUGGCGCAGUUGGCCGUUGCUAAUGAGGCUGGACAUGUAAGAAUGUGGGAAGUGAAAGCCUGA